AAGCACGUCCUCCUCCGUCUCCGCCAUCACGCAGCAUCGGUCGUCGGUAUGCUGCACAUCGAGGUCACUGAUCCCUCCCCAGAGCCUCCCCCGGCACCGACGCUGUCCGACCUCAGUAGGAACGCAUCUGUCAUUUCCUCAUCUUCCAGCUCCAGUUCGACAAGCUCCUUGGUUCUCAACACUCCUCGUCCUCGACCAGUUCGCACUUUUUCUUCGCCUAGGUCGCUCAGCCGCGACGCGCCACCGACGCCGCGCUCCACACGACCGCCUGCCUAUCUUGCGAAGGAACUGGGACUCAUUGACGACAAUGAUAGUUAUGCUGAUUUGAAGAAGCGUGCUCAGUCUCGAUCCAAGUCCAGGGCCCGUACAAAGUCUCGAAAUAGCUCUGCUGGCUUCAAGCUAGACGUGAAUGACUUCGAAUUUGGCGAAAUUUUGGGCGAAGGAUCUUACUCCACCGUUGUCCAUGCAAUCUAUUCUCCAACAGAGCAGGAAUAUGCUAUUAAAAUACUCGACAAAGGUCAUCUAAAGCGAGUCAACAAGACGCAGACUGCUAUCGCGGAGAAGAACACGCUGGUUCGCUUAGGUUCUGGCCACCCUGGCAUCGUGAGGUUGCAUUGGGCUUUCCAUGAUGAGUGGAGCUUAUAUUUCGUCCUUGACCUUGCCAAGAAUGGCGAGCUACAGAGCCGAAUAUCAAGGCUCGGUUCUUUGUCGCUUCCUUGCGCCCGCUAUUAUGCUGCUCAGCUCGUUGAUGCAGUAGCAUAUAUGCACUCUAAGGGCGUUAUACACCGUGAUCUGAAGCCGGAAAACUUGUUGCUGGACGACCAUAUGCGGUUGAAAAUAACAGAUUUCGGGACUGGCAAACUACUUGACGAUGGGUCAGAACGUGCGGGCACGUUCGUCGGAACAGCUCAAUAUGUCUCUCCAGAAUUAUUAACAACUAAUAAUACUUCGAAAGCUUCCGACAUCUGGGCUGUUGGAUGCAUUAUCUUCCAAAUGAUCGCAGGCAGAUUCCCGUUCUCCGCUUUAUCAGAGUAUUUAAUGUGGCAAAAAGUCAAGAGCUUGGACUAUACCUUCCCGGAUGGCUUCGAUGAAGUGGCGAAGGAUGUAGUUCAGAAACUGCUGGUCAUUGACCCCACUCAACGUCUUGGAGCUGGUGAACCUGGAACACCGUAUGAUAUAGAUGCACUACGUCGCCACCCUUUCUUUAAAGACGUCAAUUGGGAUACUCUCUGGUCUGGUCCUGCACCAGCUAUGGAAGCUGGUUUGGUGAAGAAAAAGCAUCCUCUCUCCGAACAGAGUUAUGACGUCGGUGUUGCAUGGGAACAACUUGUUGGGAAUAUAGGCGACGUCGACGAGGCAAACUUACCGUGGGUUGAAGACGAUAGCGAGUUUUCUUCUGAGAAUGGCACUGUAAAUGGUUACCCGUUUGCCGGUGGCGGCGGCGAGAUAGGUCCUCUUGACAUAGUGCCUCCACCUACCAACCCAGGUCAAAAUUCUGCUCCCGUGGACCAAGCGGAACAGCGUGGUCGAAUUGGCCUUCCAGGCAGCCAACAGGUUUCUCAACCCAUUUGUAUACCGCCUCGUGAUGUCGCUCGAAGUUCAAUUGUCUCUUCAGGAUCUGGGACGAGCUCAUCCGAAGGAUCACCAGUUGGACGUCUCAACGCGUCCAUGGGCGCGAUAUCACUAUCUCCCGAGCAAGACCGUGGGCGCGAUCGUGCAACUACACCAAUCCAGCUAACGACUACCCCAGACGCGCACUGGGAUAUUCUUCUCCAUGAAGGGGAGAAGCUUGUUUUCCACGGACCUAUUGAACUAAAGAGCCGAACACGUAGACUAACGGCGACUCUAUUACCGAUCCCCGUCACUCAGAAUAGACCGAAAAUGCGGCAUCUCUUGCUGACAACUCAACGAUUGUUAUGUGUCAAGGUGAAGCAUGGCCGUAAGGUAUCUGUGAAACUCGAGGCAUUAUUGCGUUCCCCUUCAGCCGGGAGAGAAGGCAGGGAAGAAAGGCGAGAGAAGGACACCCGACCUGUGAUAACUAGCGUUAUCGCGAAAGGUCAGAGAGCCUUUGUCGUCUUGACGACCGGCAAGCCUCAGCAAUAUGCCGCGGAGUCACCGGUGGUUCAACGGUGGAUAGAGGAAAUUAGCAAGUUCAUUAAACCAGAAAGUGCUAAUCAGGCUUCCUCACCUGUCAAUUCACCAAGACCCGCCCCGCCCAUACCAAAUGGACAGCCGUCACGACAUUAACGGAAUAUUGAGCAACCACAAACCUCCUGCGCUUACAAUUCUCCGAUAUCUUACACCCAUUCGUUUUCGGUAUACUGCAUUUAUUCACAAGUUCCCUUUUUUUGCCUCGCACAGACAAUUUGUAUCGACUUUGUUCAUCGUCAUAUACUCGUACUUGGGGCUUUCGUUUUUACACUAUUCGUCUUAGCUUGCAUCGACUCAUCGACCCAGUUAUGGAUUACUCAUCGCAAC